GUUAUCUUAUGAAGCCUCUUCAAACUUCUUUCUUGGCACAGAUGGUUACAAGCAGCUUUAAGCCCAUCAAGUGUUUUGCCUCUGAAGUUCUCCAAUAGUUUGGGGUAGUAUAAGUCUUUGUAGUUAUUUUUUCUGAUGAGUCUUUUCAGGAGCUUGGUCUCUCUCACAGAAAAGUUGUCAUUGGUAUGACAGAUGAGUCUGUUGACCAGGAACUCGCAUGACUUGUCUGUUCCUAACGUGCCCCUGAUUGUAUUGAUGGCAUCAUGAAGAGAAUCCCACACAUCCAUAUCUAACUUCUUGAGCUCAUCUAAUCAGAUGAGACCUUUGAGUUCGAAUUUUCUAAAUUCGUUAAAGAGCUCGAUAUCCUGUUUCUUGCCCCAUCGUUUGCCUUUGGGAACAUUCUUAGGAGUUGUCAGUGAAGUUGGAGUAGGAUCUUCAUACUUCUGGUCAGCCUCUCAGAUAUCUGAGAAUGUCUGUUUGUCAACAAUUCCUUCUAAAUAUUUGAAUUCAAACAUCGGAGCAGAUUCUGGAACGUUCUUGUCAUAG